UCCUUCUGGAAGUCAGGAGGUUCAAGGAUAGUUGUGGGCGCAUGGAGCACAUCCCCAGAGGAGCGAGGACCGGCGCGGCGCGCUUGUGGCGCAACGCAGGCUCGGCGCCCGCGCCGCUCCCUCGCUACAAAUAACAGAAAUUUCGGCGCCGCCGCACAUUUACCAACAGACACCCAAUCGAUGCAAACUUCGCAAAUAAACUCUGCAUCAAAAUAGAUCACAAUCGUGCGAAAAUGAAGGUGUUUCUGGCUUUAACGUUCUGUCUGGCUAUGACACAAGGGAGAGUUACGCCCGACUACUUUCCGCAAUGCAAGAAGAGUGACCCAGAAAUAAACAAGUGCAUCAUGCAGGCCAUCGAGGUGAUGCGGCCGCGCCUGCGCGAGGGCAUUCCUGAGGUGCACAUCCCAGCGAUAGAGCCGUUCGCGGUGCCCACACUGAAGCUGGACCGCACGCAGCCCAACCUGCGGCUAAAGGCUGUCGUCAAGAACAUCCGCGCCGUCGGCGGCUCCAACUUCGUCGUUGAGAAGCUUAAGUUGAACCUGAACAACAAGUACGCGGCGGAGGUGCGGCUGUCGCUGCCGCGUCUGGCCGUGACGGCGGACUACGACGUGCGCGGCUCGCGCCUGCUCGUGCUCGAGAUCGACGGCAAGGGCAAGCUGCGCGGCAACUUCACUGGAAUAUCAGUGAUCGCCAAGGGUGCGGCUAAGGUGGUGGAGAAGGAAGGCGUCCGCUACCUGCAGGCCGACAAGAUCGUCACCCGCGUGAAGGUUGGCCACGGGCAGGUGGCCUUCGACGACACGGAGCGCCCUCUGGCAGCUUCUUCAGCGGCGAACUUCUUCAAUGCCAGCCCAGGCGUGGUGCUGGACAUCCUCAGCCCGCUGGUGGACGAGACGGCGGCGGCGGUCCUGAAGGUGUUCCUCAACAAGGUGCUGGCCAAGAUCCCCCUGCACGAGUUCCUGCUUGAGGACGACCAUGCGCCGCCCUCUUACGACCCGGCGGUGAGCAAGUGCAUCGAGCGCGUGGCGACGGCGGCGCGCAGCGUGCUAGCUCGCGGCGCGCCCGCGCUGGGCGUGCAGCCGCUCGAGCCGCUGCGCGUGCCCAGCAUCCGCCUGCGCCAGCACAACGUGCCCGCGCGCAGCUUCAAGUACGACGCCUGGCUCGCCGACGUCACGCUCCACGGACUCACAGACUACUCCUUCAACCGAUUAGAUGUUUACCCGGAAGAGCUGAAGGUCACCACGAACAUCAGCCUGCCGCUGCUGGCCAUGUUCAGCGAGUAUGUGAUACUGGGGGAAUUCCAAAUGCUACCCGUUGAAUCUACUGGGAAGAUGUCUGUAAAUUUCACUCAGUGUACGGCGUCGAUCGAGGCGGUGGGCGCGCGCGCGCACACGCGGCUGGUGGUGCGCGACGCCGCCGUGCGCCUGCGCUGCGCGGGCCCGCUGCGCGCGGACCUCAUGGACGCGCACUCCUCCACCGGCGAGAUGGAAAUGAUAACGGAGCACAUAGCGCGCAUGCACGCCGGCGACAUCGCCGGCGAGGUCCAGCCCGCGCUGGAGACGGCGCUGGCCAUGGUGCUGGAGGACGUGGCCAACAAAAAGUAUUUUAUUAAAAUGUGGAAAAUAAUAUGGCUCUUUAGUGGAGUCAGUACAGUAUUUGCAGCAAUAGACAAAGGCUUCGUGAACUUCGGCGGGUUCGUGUGCCCGCGCGAGGAAAAGGCGCUCGGCCGCUGUCUGCGUGAUGCUCUCAACGCCUACAUCCCCAAAUUAGCUACAGGAGUGCCGGAGUACGGCGUGCCGGCGUGCGAGCCGCUGGUGGUGGGCGCGCUGUCGGUGCAACAGGCGGCGGGCCCGCUCGCCGUCACCUCCUCCUACACUGAUGUCACCGUGCGAGGCCCGUCCACUAUGCGCGUCAAGGACGUCCAAGUAGACUCUAAACAACAUAAAAUAGUGUCAGAGUUGUACAUCCCCGAGCUGAGGGUGAAGGGCAACUACAAGCUGUCGGGGCAGCUGCUGAUGCUGCCUAUCGAAGGAGAGGGACAAUUCUCCGGAAAGUACGCGGAUAUCGACGCAGUGGUGUCGAUCGCGCUAGGCCGCGCGCCGCGGCGGCGGGCGCCGGACGCGCUCACCUGCGAGAGCCUGGCCGUCAAGUUCCACAUCGGCCACGCGGAGCUGCAGCUUGACAACCUUUUUGGUGGAGAUGGGGAGUUGGGUAACGCCAUGAACAAGUUCUUGAACGAGAACUGGCAGAAGCUGGCCGAGGAGCUGCAGGCGCCGCUGGAGGAGGCGCUGCGCGACUUCCUCAAGCCGCUGGCCGACCACGCCUUCGGCAUGCUCCGCGCGGACGACGUGCUGGCUCUCUGA